AUGGAUUCGAAAAACGCAAUACUCCUCAUCAUAGGUCUCUUGGCUAUGAUUCUUCUUAUAUCCUCUGAGGUGUCAGCAAGGGACUUAACUGAGACUUCCUCCCGUACCAAAAAGGGAUUGGUUGAUGAAAAGACAUUUUAUAAUGGCAUCUUUGGUCAUGGAGGCUACUAUGGUAAUGGUUAUCCAGGUUAUGUUGGUUAUUUUGGUGGUUAUCCGCGUAAUAGUGGUGGAUAUAACGGUGGUUACGAGGGUGGCUAUCCGGAUAAUUAUGGUGGCUAUAAUGGUCGCUUUGGUAGUGGUUAUCCAGGUAUUGAUGGUGGUUACAAUGAUGGUAUAGGUGGAUAUGGUGGUGAAGAUGUAGAUGGGCAAACUAAAGACGAUACACAUAAUUGA